GGCGCUUCCACGUUUCCUGCCUCGAAGUCCACAUCAGCCGUGCGUGCGCGUGGCAUUGGCGGCGCUGUCGUAGCUAGUUUUGCAACGAGUCCCCGUGGGCUCUGUGUUGUGUUUCGCGCUCUGUCGCGCCCCUCGAUCUCUUCGCACAGAAGCGUCGGUUUUGCCAGUGCCUCUGGUUUUGCGCCAAAUUAGUCGGCCUUGAAGAGACUCCCUAACGCGGCGAUCAUCGCAACGGCGGCAUCAUGUUGUUCAGGUUACUCAAGUGCGCUUUUCGGUUCUUCAUCUACUUCCUAAUCGUCUUUCUCGUACUGCCGUUCAUCCCCCUUCCCCUGGACUUCGAGCCAGUUGCGUACAAGGUUACCUUACCUGAAUUCAAGGGUGCACUAGCUCCUAACCAGGCAUUGGACAAUGUCGAGUACCUCUUCCCAAACCAGGUUGUGGGGCCCGAAUCUCUUGAGCAACAUGGAGGCAGCAUCUACACUGGUGUUGUCGGUGGACAGAUUUUGAAGCUCACUGGAACAAAAAUCACCCCUGUUGCCAAGUUUGGCAAGAAGUGUGAGGGACCAUGGGAAGAGGACAUUUGUGGUCGUCCACUUGGUCUCCGCUUCGACAAGAAGGGCAAGCUGUAUGCCAUUGACGCAUACAGUGGCAUUCAUGUGGUAGACGUUACUAAAGGCUUCGUCACGCCACUUGUGCCCAAUGGCAUCGAUUUGGAUGGCCAUCCACUGUCAUUUGCCAACGACCUGGCCGUCGACGACGAUGGCAACGUGUUCUUCACCGAGACCAGCACCAAGUGGCCCCUGAAGAAGAUCCUCUACUCGGUGCUCGAGCAUGAGAACUCGGGACGCGUGCUCAUGUACGAUGCCAAGACCAAGCGCACCCACAUCCUGCUCGAAGACCUGCACUGUCCCAACGGCAUCGAGCUGGGGCCAGACAGCGACAGCAUCAUCAUUGCUGAGCUCACCAAGAACAGGCUGCUGAAGUACAACUACCGCGGCCCACACAAGGGCGACCUCGUGGUCUUUCUGGAGAACCUCCCGGGAGAGCCGGACAACAUUCGACGCACACCACGUGGCGGCUACUGGGUGGCCUUCGCGUCGGGCCGCUCAAGCGCCAAGCUCUCGGUGAUGGACCACCUGUCUGCUUACCCACUGGUGCGUAAGUCGGUCGUGCGCCUCCUCUACCUGCUGGGAUCGGCCCUCAAGUAUGCGACAACCUUCUACAACUGGGUGCCCCUCAAGGACAUUGCAUCAAGGAUCGACAACGGCUGGAUCCUGUACGAGGCGGUCCCCAAGUACGGACUCAUCGUGGAACUGGACGCGUCUGGCAAGGUCGUUCGGAGCCUGCACUCGCCCGCCGGCAAGAUCCACCUCAUCUCCGAAGUUCUCGAGCACGACGGGCACCUUUACCUUGGAUCCUUCCGAAACCGCUUCAUCGGACGAGUCAAGGCGUGAGAGAAAAACACAUCAAAGCCGGAUACACAGCCUAGCCAAACCGCGUGUCGGGCUGGAAUGCCGUUUUCCAGUUGUGUCACUCGUGAACGGGAACGGAGCUGCGCCUUGAGUGUUCAGAAGACGAGGCUGGAAGGUCAUUUUACGUAUGUGAGGUAACGAAACGGAUCUAUCGGUGUCCCGAAGAACAUCUUAUAAGGAAAGGUUUCUCAAGCAUUAACUGGAAUACUUGGGUCUAUUCCAUGCCCUGUGUGUACGCCAUCUUAUUGCAGCAUCCCCACUCUGUUAUCCAGAGCUGACGUUGAAUUGCAGGGGAUCACUGCAAAAGCUGUUACCAGGCUUUAAACACCAAUGAAUGUAGACAAGUUUUUUAUUUGCGGUGUUGUUCGUGGCAUGGGAAUUCAAUCUACAGUCGAGGUUUGGUUGAAGGCUUCGUGUAGUUGGUGUCACCAACUUCACAAAGCCUUCAUGGAUAUGGUUCAUGCCUCUAGAAGAUUGUGGCAGUGUUUCGAAGACAGCUUGUAUAGAGACUGACUUUAUUCGACUGUAUCGCAACCAGCUGUCUACCUAGCCAGUUAACACAUAGCACAUUUUUAUUGAACCAGCCAGGAGAAAAUUAAUAACUGAUGGUUUUUGCCAACUUAAUGUAAAAUGCUCCUUUGACUGAGGAACACUUUUGAACAUUUCACAUCAUUUGAAUACGGCACACUGUGUCAUAUGCUGCCAUUUCUGCCUGUGCACUCUGCUUCCUUUAAUUCGCGUAGCUUGAAGUGAGACUGCAUCUUAUGUAUCAGAACAUAAUAGCGAGGCAGAUAGGCAAUGAAUUACAGCACUGAUAGGUUACGCACCUGACUUGCUACAUCUACGUAAAGGCAAAAGCUAACGCUUGGUUCAUGGCUUGAAGGGAAUGUUUAUGGAAUCGGUUGUUUGUGAUGCCUCUGUACUGUCACUUAGGGCACGAGCAUAGGAUCAGGUUAAUUACAUUUUCAGUUUCUCGUAACUUCAUUCAAAGCCAAGCUUUUAAAGUCAUUCACCGGAAAUAAGUUUAGCAAAAUAGCCGUGCUGCUUAAAAGACAUGAUGAAAGAAAAUGUUUUUUUAGGGGACUACUUUCUCACGAAGUGUAGGCCAUCCACAAAAUUACUAGUUCAUUACUUAAUGGUGUUUAUGCUGUUGUAGCUGCAUCUGCAGUGAUUGUCUUGCUGUGCUGUGUAAAGAAGAACGAAAAGGAAAUGUUGUUCUCUGCAGGAGUGCACAGCUGGUUGUUAUGCGUGAUGUGGCUGUCAGCUGUUCUAGUGUCAGCAUUUGAGAGCGCAGGCGUUGACAGCAGAAUUUAUGUCAUUUGAGAAUGGGCAGCUGCUGCUUUCUUUUUGUCAGGUCACAGACUUGAUAUAAGAAAACCAUGACCCUUGUGAGACAUCUUAAUGCAAUACUUAGCUGUAUACUCAAACCUCAUUAUAACAAAGUCUAUCUGAAACGAAAAUAAGUUCGUUAUAUCCGAAAAUUCGUUACAAACAGAUAUUCGUAACACUGUAUCUAUGACAAGACUAUUCUUCAUUUACUUCGUUAUAACUGAUAAUUCGUUAUACCGAGGUUUGAGUGUACAUGAAACUAAUACUAUAUUCUCACCAUCUAAUAACAGUUGCCAAAGCUUGCUGCAUAGAAUUACGAGAAAGGUUCGAUCACGCUAGCACAUUGUCGUUAGAAUCAGAAAUUGGUGAAGUCAGUCGGAGGGUGGACCUGACCACAGAUUUGUAGAACUGUGUGCUGUCACUGAGCACUGCAUCUUUCAGCUCUUCACUAAAGCCUUUUAACAAUUAAAAGAGAGAAUGCGAGUGAGGUCUUGACAUUUACAAGCUUUCUUUUUUUUGUGUGCGUGUGGUACCGAUUUCCUGGUCACACUGAGGUCGUAACGUGUAAUCACGGUCCUCCUCGUCUCGAUUUUGUUAUGUCAGAUUUUUAUUCUUUAAAGAUUCUUAUCUCUAUGGUUGGCAUCCACUCAGGAAUCAUAUUGCUUAUGGCUCCGGCAUUAAUAGUACAACUGCAGCAACGAUUUUUGUGAACUUGAUGCAGUUACCGUUGACCGUUGCUCGAGGCAGACGUGCAACGACUGUAGCCAUCACUGUUAGCUUAAGUUUCACACAUCAGGAUGCAAUUACAAAAUCAAAAUGCUUGGCGUGAGUCUUGACACUGUGUGAUAUGGCCUGCACCGUUCGUCCUACAUGCCUGUGAAGCCUCGAGCAGCGGUAGAAUUGCUUCUGAUGCUGUCCUUCCGUUUCGUCACUUGACAACUGUCGACAUGUCGUAUCAAUGUAAUGUAUUAAAUGUCUUCCCUCUGUAUGGUAGCCGUCACGAACAGCAGAGCUGGUUUGUUACGACAGAUGUUUUGCAUAUGUUGUCGUUGAACCAAUAAAUCCUUCUUCCAUUUUUUAUCAGUCUUACAGUUAGUAACACAUACCAAUAGUGUAUUGUAUCAUAGAAGAGAAUGGAGGGGGGGGGGGGAGGUCUCUUUGAGACUACGUCUUUGUUACCUUCUGUGCACACGUUUUUGAGGGCAGUACACAGGCAGCUGGGUGUCUCAUAGAUUUUAUGCCAUUAGCUAUUUUACAGCAGCACAUGUUAUGAGUCCUUCCUCGACUUGAAAAUGACAUACGGCACUUUAGACGUGGCCGGUUUAUCAGGGACGGGCCGAAAAAAAAUGCCGCUUCAUCUCAGGAUUUGAUCCGGGGCCUGCACAUCAUCAAAGGACUAUGUAGAUGACUUCAAACAUGCCACUUUUAGAACAGCUCAUGGUACAAGUGUAUUCCUGAACGUUGAACAACUCAUGGCACAAGUGUACCCCUGAACCUUGAACCACAUUAUAGCUACGGCAGUUGUGUUUCGAUGGAGGCGAAAUGCUAUAGGCCCAUGUACCGUGCGGCAUCAGUGCACAUUAAGGAACCCCAGGUGAUCGAAAUAUCCAAAGCCUUUUGAUACCAUGUGCCACACAAUUGUAUCGUGGUUUUGGCACAUAAAACCCUAGAAAUUAUUAUGUUAUUGAACCACAUUAAAAAAAGCAACGCUGUCAUGCACACCUCCUAGUGCACACCAUGUGAAACACCGAAACUGAUAAAGAAUAACAAGGCUUUAAAAGUGCCAGUGCAGGUUUCUUGCUUUUCGUGUAAUACAUUGCCUAAGUGAGCACUACCUGCACCUGUCCUUUCUGAGUUACUCAGUGGUCCCUGUGUGGAGGUCAAAUGAAUGUUAUUCACUCAGCCGUUUACAAGAUGACAAAGUUUGGGUUGUUAAUGCUGUGGUUACCACUGUGAAUACACCCAGAAUUGUGCAUGAUCAUUUGUUUGCCUUGCCUUCUUUUUCUAAACAUUUCACGCAUCCAUGGACUGGUGGAAGACAUUCCAAAUGCUUGCUACUGGGCAUUCUGUUUUUACUGAUAUAGUUGUAGUGCGUGUUCUCUUAUUUUUGCAUGUUUAUUAACAAUUUCGGGAGAGCCGACACUGUUUUUUCCGUUUGUUGAGCAUUCGUGUUCUAGUUCUCCUUAAGUACAAGAAGUUUGCGAGUCAUCAAGCAUUCUAAAAUAGCCUGCAUUAUUUACAAACUGCCUUUGAAGAUGAUUUAUCUUUUUUUAUGAAUACCGCUUGUUAUACAGUGAGAAAAGCAAGGCACUGUUAUAAAAUUUCAAUGAAUAAGAUGAAAGUCAAACUUUUACUUAUUGUGCUUUGCCAAAAUGGCUUUUGUGUUUACUGUAGUUUGUGUUGAUUAUUCGAUUCCUGAAGGACAUUUGCUCAUUUGUUGGUCGUUCGUGCGCAUGAAUGAGAUCGAGCUGUGUGCAGUGAUUGUGAUAUGUAACAAUUUGUAAAUGACCUCUCUCCCGUGGGUACUACAUUUUCUUUUUUAUUUCUUUUUUACAAUUGUGGGUCAACAUGGCACUCUGAGUUGCAACCUUUCUUUUCAAUGUUUUAACUUUCUUGACUUUCUGGAUAAGUAUUGUCUUGCCAGAUGUGCACACAAUUACCUCAGCAUGCUUUGCAGAUUGUACCAGGCGCCUGUUGUAAGCUGUUGCAUAGUUAAGUGCAGUGACAGAAUUGUUUUUAGGUACGCAGAUUGUCUAAUGUGAGGAGCAUUUGGCAUGUAAGAACAAAUUGUGCCAAUUUUCUGAGAAAGAAUGCUUUGGCUGUAUGUGUGCAACAUUCGUACUGUCGUACAAAUUUCUAAUAGGAGGCAUGGAUGUUGCACUUUGCAAUACAUCGGGAUGUGUUUUUUUGAAGUGUUGGUUUCUGCUUUGCGUAUUUCACUCUGAAAGUGACACUUAGGAUACGAAAUUUCUGUAUCUACUGUCUGAAAAAAAAAAAAGAAAAAUAUACACAUAUAUUCAUUCUUA